AUGGCGUGGGCACUCAAUCUGAUGAAGAAGCCUGUCUUCGAUGCUGAAAAGGAGAUUCCCGACCUCUCAGGCAAGGUCCUCCUCAUCACCGGUGGUACAGGCGGACUGGGAAAAGAAUCUGUCCUGUCCUUUGCCGCGCAUAACCCGGCACACAUCUACUUCACCGGAAGAUCACAGCCAUCCGCCGACAAGGUGGCCGAAGAAGCCAAGGCGAAAUACCCAAAUACACCAGUCACUUUCCUAAAAUGCGACCUCGCCUCCCACGACGCAGUCCGCGACGCAGCCAAGCACUUCCUCUCAAAAGAAUCCAGACUCGACAUCCUCUCCUGCAACGCCGGCAUCAUGGCCGUCCCCGCAGGCCUCACAAAAGACGGCUACGAGAUCCAAUUCGGCACCAACCACGUCGGCCACGCCCUCCUCGUCAAACUCCUCACCCCGCUCCUCGAAGCCACCGCCCAAAAAGGCCACGACGUCCGCAUCGUCUGGGACACCUCCCUAGGCCACCGCGGCCACCCCACCGGCGGCAUCCUCUUCGACAAGCUCAAAACGCCGCAAACCGACAUCUUCCCCAUCAUGGGCGAGUGGAUGCGCUACGGCCAGUCCAAACUCGCCAACCUCCUCUACGCCCGCGCCUACGCCAAACACCACCCGAGCAUCACCUCCGUGUCCGUCCACCCCGGCGUCUCCGCGACGGGGCUCGUCGGCGGCCUGACGUUCUGGCAGAAAGCGCUUGUCUACACCACGUCGUGGUCGUUUAUGAUCCCGCCGGAGCAGUGUGCGUGGAAUCAGCAGUGGGCUGCGACGGCGCCGUUGGGGGAUGGGCCCAGACAGGUGGUGAAUGGGACGUAUUAUGAGCCUGUGGGGUUGAGGGGAAGUUUGGUGCCUGCGGCGGCGGAUGAUGAGUUGGCGGCGAAGUUGUGGGAGUGGACGGAGAGGGAGUUGGAGGGCUACAAGGUGUAG